ACGCUGAGGCAACAGAAAUAAACAGAAGAGCUGAGCUGAUCCUCCACGUUACUGUGACCCGACCUGGAAUAACCAUAAAUAAUGGCUCCAGAGUGUUUUAGAUUCACCUCCAUGCAUUUAUGGUAAAAAUCUGUGGCCCUUUUAAUUAAUGUUUCUUCUUUUAAGUCAAUAUGUUAUCCUUUAUCACAUCGUUUCUUCCGACUUCCUACCUCCUACCGGGAUGGUUGACUCUAGAUACGAAUCCAGUGGACAGCUUACUUCAAGGGCUGGUUGGAGCGUGUGGGAUCUCUGUGCUAUGCUCCUUGAUCAGACUGCACUUAUUUUUAGAGAAGAGCUGGAGUGAUGAAAAUGAUAAAGACACAUCAAGCCAGAGGGCACCCAGUCAUCAAAGGAGAACUAAAACUGGACUUACUGGAAUGCUCCAGUUUCUCUUUGUGACUGGGAUGCUGGCGGUGGUGGGCUCCCGUGUGGCGUCCCUGGUUGUACUAGAGUUUUGUCUCCGGGCUGUCUCUGGAUGGGUUACAGCUGGACCAGACUCCAGGAAAUUUCUGCUGCAGCUGUUAGUCCAGAGCCAGUUCUCUCUGGGCUGCGCUUUGAGCUGCAGUCUGAACUUUCUCCACGAGGGGGCGUCGCAGCGCUGGCUAUGUCUGCUCCUGGCAGCAGCACUGAGCUGGUUCCUGGCUCGGCAGGCCACGCGCCUGCUGCACCAUGUCAUGGCUCUUUAUAAACUCCACAGCUCACAGCGCUACUGCGGCAUUUGCAUGAGCCUCCUCACAUCAGGCCGCUGUCUGCUGCCCAUGCUGUGCAGGACUAUGAUCAUUACCUUCUCUGUGGCUGUGGUGGCCGCUGUGUCAAUCAUUAAUCAACACUUCCUCUCUGCAACAGAGGCCCUCAGGUUUUGGACACCCCUGACUAUCUGUUAUACACUGCUGGUGGUUUACAUGCAGGAGGAUCAGCACCGUCUGCCCGGCGGCCAAGCUGUCCUGAACGCAGUGGUGGUGCGCCUCGGGGGUUUGAUGGUCCUGAUGCUGACUGUUGGACGCUGGGCCGACGUGCUCCACAUCCUAAUGUGUUUCCUGGGUGAGGCCAGCUGUCUAAUCCCCAAUAAGGAUCUGCUGGAUGCAGCAUCCUCACAGGAUGAAGAGGAGUACACACACUACGCAAAAAGUGAGCGUCGACGGAGACCACAAGCACAAGAGAAGGAGCAUCACAGAUAGUCACUCAGUGGUUUUUUAAUAUCUAGUGGCAAUUCAUUUUAAUGUGGUUAUUUAGAGUAGCUCCAACAAUUAAUGCUUUUGUACUUAAAAUGUAAUAUUUUUUCAUUAAAAAUUCCAAGCAGCAUAUUAUGACUAACAUGUGAUUUCAAAACUCAAAUCUCGUGAAAAAUAGUUUCAACCACAAUUUGAUAUGAGAUAAAGAUGAGCCAAAACAGUAGCACGUCAUUAUCAACAACCAUUGCCUCCAUUGGAAUAGCACCCUCAGUAUAACCUGCCACAUAUAACAUUAUUCCAGAGGUCUUGGGGUUUAUUAUUAUGCUUAUUUUCUAAGUCUGGGUCAGAAAUUGAUGUUAUUGAUUGUUAUUUUGGCUCUAAAUCUCAUUUUCUUUCUGACUGUCAGUAACUCAGCCAACAGACUUGCAGUUCUGGAUGUUAUUCCAGGAAUCUGUGUGAUUUCUUGGAUGAAUUAAUGCUGUAAUCUUGGGAGAGAUUUGGGCCAGUUACUCCUGGGAAGACUCUCUCCUCAAACAUUUUCUUUGUGGGGCCCAAAAAGCCAGAGGGUGUUGUAACCCUUUCCAUGUCCAACUGACAUAUAAAGGUGAAAAUAAGUGAGAUUUACACUGUUAUUGUUAUAUAAUCAGGCCUAGCUGUAUCCAAUGAGCUGAUUCUAAUUAUCCCACUAAUUACUGUACUCAGAGGAAGAAAAAACUGACAGCUACUUUGUUUACUUUUAAUUUUAACAAUAUUUUCUAACAAAAAAAAACAUUAACCCACAAAUUUAUUUAAUAAAAAAUAAACGUAAUAUGGUUAUACUUCACAUUAAGUACCAGACAUUAAUUAUAAAAUUGAACGGCGGUUCGUUUUUUUUUUUAGACUGUACUACACAGCUUCACGUGCAGAAAACAAAACAUUUAACGUUUGGCAAAAAGGACCCAGCUCAUUGCAUCUUCCAUGCAGUACCUGACAUGGCUAACAAACCUCCAUUAACUACCUAACAGUUCAGGCACUUGGUAAGCUUGUUAUUUCUUUUUAAAUUACACUGUCGGUUAUCUUAUUUCCACGUAACGUAUGGGCCUUUAAAUUCACCCUUCUGUUUUUGUCGUCUGUCUCUACUCGAUGAAAAGAAAAGGCAAAAUGGCUGACGACAACGUUAGCGCUUUAAUGUCACACAAAAUGGCGUUAGACAAAGAAAAGGCUAGGUUACUCGGUUUUGCUCUGACCUUUGCUCCGUCGAACAAAGACCGUUUCAACAGAGUCAACAAACCCACAUCAGUGGACACUACGUAGGCCUACUGACACCAAAUUAGCUUUACAACACCCGAAAGGCUUUGUUUAUGAGGGACGUUAACUACAUGCUAGCCUCUGCUAAACUACACGGUCUCACUAACGUUACAGCCUGACUCUCUUGUCAGUUUAUUGGGUUUUUUUUAAACACCCUCGUCAAAUUAAAUCCACAUAUUGACGCCGGUAUUAUGCCCAUUAGAUGUGUCUUUAUUGAGAGCAGAGGACUGACAGAAACAUAUUCCAUGAGAGGGUUUUUUGUGAUAUCAGUCCCGUCAUUCCGUGACAAAAAAAAACAAAAAACAAAAAAACACAGAAAACAAAAGGCUUGUGGAAUUACAGUGGGCACAUUGGCCUGGCGGUCCAGUUUCCAAGAUAAUCCAGGUCUGGAAAUCACUGACGAGGAAAUUUACAUUUGGUGUCUAGUCGAUCCACCAAAAUAGGAUAUUUGUACUCCCAUAGGUUUAUUAGAUUUUUGAUUGAAUAAAAUUCCACAUCAGGACGAAUUCAGUAGACACAGGGAGGACGUUCUCCAUGAGCACCCGAAUAUGGUGAAAAUGCCCAUUGCAAUGGCUGAGCGGUUGUUGUCGCCUCCUCUGGAGAUUUCCAGACGUUUCUGUUCUCAUCUGAUAGGCACGCCGGACGCAUGCGCACAGCGGUUU